UGGGGAGAGACGGGGCGAUGAGUGUGGGGCCCUGGGGUCUGGGCUCCCCCGGGCCUGCGGUGGGAAGGGGACCCUGGGGCAGGGCGGAGGUGAUGGGCUUGAAUGGGCCCCCCGACGGGGGCUACACUCCCCUCUCUGACCCGGCCCGGCCCGGCCCGGCCUGGCCUUCUCCCCAGGACCUGCAGCAGGAUGUGCUCCCUGGCGCUGUUCCCGCCCCCGCCUGCCCCCGGAGAUGUCACCCUGUACGAAUUUAACAACGCGCUGGUCUCCGGCCACAUCUACGAGAAGCUCCCGCUCGCUUUCCAAGACCAGUUGGCUGAUCUGCCUGUCCUAACCAUCCCCAAGGAAACCCUGAAAGCUCACAGCCGGCUGGAGCAUAGCACAAAACCUGCCUUCAUCCACCACCAGGAGACCCUCUGGAAGAGAUGUCUCAAUGCAUGGCGCGAUGUGGGAAUGUGUGGGGUGCUUAACGAGAUAGCAAAUGCGGAGGAGGCAGAUCUCCAGUGGAUGAAAACAGGAUCACGCUGGGCUUUGGCUCUGUGCCACUGGGUCUCCUCUCUUCACGGCUCCCUGUUUCCCCAUUUGUCACUAUGCAGUGAAGACAUGAUUGCGGAGUUCUCCCAGGCAGUGGACUGGGCUGGCUGCUCCAUCCGGGCUUUUGCCUGGCACCCUCACACCAGCAAGUUUGCGGUGGCCCUUUUGGACGACUCCAUCCGAGUUUACAACACAAACAGCGCGACGGUCCCCAUCCUGAAACACCGCUUGCAGAGGAAUGUGGCCUCGAUGGCGUGGAAGCCACUGUGUGCAUCCAUCCUCGCCGUGGCAUGCCAGAGCUGUGUCUUGCUUUGGCACUUGGAUCCUACUUCCCUUUCCACCAGGCCUUCCUCUGGCUGUGCCCAGGUGCUUGCCUACCCCGGUCACAGUCCCGUCACCAGCCUGGCAUGGGCCCCCAGUGGAGAGAUGCUGCUCUCGGCCUCGCCUGUUGAUACCGCCAUGCUUGUGUGGGAUGUGUCCACGGAAAACUGCGUCCCGCUGCAGUGGUUUGGAGGGGGUGGAGUCACUUACCUUGCUUGGUCACCUGAUGGCAGCAAGGUGCUAGCAGCCACACCCUCAGCAGUGUUCAGGGUUUGGGAAGCUCAAAUGUGGACGUGCGAGAGGUGGCCCACCAUCAAGGGGCGCUGCCAGACAGGGUGCUGGAGCCCGGACGGCAGCCGCUUGCUCUUUACGGUCCUGGGGGAGUCGGUCAUUUACUCCUUGUCCUUCUCGGAGUACAGUGGCGAGAUGCAAGGGCAAGUAGGAGGAUCAAAAACAGCUUCUAUUGUGGCAGACCUGUCCGAGACCACCUUCGAGACGCUGUAUGGGGAGGAGAGGAUCGGAGGGGAAGUGCAUGCCAUGGUCUGGGACCCCAGCGGCGAGAGGCUUGCGGCUCUCAUCAGAGGGAAUCCCGAAACCCCUGAAAGCAGGACGAUUGUUGCUGUGUUUCGUACCCGCAACAGCCCUGUGUUCGAACUCCUGCCAUGUGGGUUCCUGCAGGGGGAGCCAGGGGCUGAGCCGCAGCUGAUCGCUUUCCAUCCCUGCUUUAAGAAAGGGGCCCUCUUGACUGUGUGCUGGUCUACAGGGAGGAUCAGCCACAUCCCGUUUUUCUUUGUGAGCGCCCAGUUCCCCUGCUUCAGCCCCAGCCUCAGUCCUGUUGUGGCCCUGAGCAGCAGCAGCGCCAGCGUGCGGGAGCAGCCCUUGUUUUCGGAGCUGUGAAGAGCGGAGCGGGGGACCCUUGGGCCGGGCUCCAUUUGAACCCUGCCAGGCCUUUCCUUAUUAUGCUACUUGUGCUGUUCUGCUGGGUAACCACGGUGCUCGCUUCCUCUAAUGGUUACUCCGCCCCACCACAUCCACUGGGAUCAUGCUGGGCACUGAUGGAUUUUAUAAUUUGUCAAGAGAGCCCCGCGUCUGGAAGGGGAGCAGUUUUGUUUGCUGUAUAAGGAGCCAGCCCAGGGCGCGAGGCCCUGCUUUGUAAAGCCGCUUGGUGCUGUCCGGAUUAAAGAUCCCACUUCCAUUCUGGCUCCCGUUCUCUUGCACCUCCCCAGUGUGACCUGAAUGGCACUUGCUCUGCAUCCACAGCAGCUCAAGGGCUGCACUUUGGUGUUUGCGCUGGGGUGGCUCAGAGCCCCAGAGCUAUGUGACCCCAGGAGAUGCUCCGGGCAGGUUUUGAAAGAACUGGCUUCCACGUGCCUUUCAUCUGCAGCCACCUGGCCUCAGUACUGCACUUGGUCACAAAUGGGGCAAGUGUUUACAGCUUAUGUCUGUUCUGCUUUGUGGAUGCAGGCGUGCGGUGACAACUGGGAAAGGGGCUGCUUGGAGCUAGGGGGCCUGUUCCUAUUAGGCACUGCUGGAGGGCUUUACAAACAAGGGACCUCUCUGCACCAGAUCAGUAUUCUCCCAUUCUCUAUUGGGCUAAACGAAGCAUAGAGUGUGGCUCUCCAGCCCCCUCUAGUGUCUGGAUUACAUAGGGGUGUCCGUCACAGCCUGAGCACACUUGGGUCUUUCUGUACAGCCAGUGAACGCUCCUGGUUUGGGAUCCAAAAGGUCCUGGGUUAAAUCCCUCACACUGACAAUUCUCCCGUAGGUGUCAUGUUACUUAGAGGUGGGCAAGUGUUGGUGUGGGUUGGGGACAUGACGUGGGUGUGGAACCUACGAGUCCUGCCCAUGUGACAUUACUUCCUUUCUGUAUGUUGGAUUUGGAUGCCCUGCUCCUGUUAAUGGGAUCUAGGUGUACAAAUCUACUAGGCAGCUCUGAAAAAUCUCGGUCCAUCUUACAUAAAAGUAACAGAGCUUUUUCCAUGAGAUCAGAGAGAAUUCUCAGCCCCCAAGCCAGAGUCUUGCAUGUCCAGGGCUAGUUCAUAGGGGGUGGCAGGGAGAGGUGGUGUGUAGGGAUAAUUCUGAAAUUGAAAGAAUUAAAGUUUGGUUAAGAAAAUGACACAUUUGCUUUAUAGUUCGUGGCCGCAA